AUGACCCAGUUCUCAAAUACCAUCGCUGAAACUCAAUACGCGAAGAAAGCAUCCCAUUAUAUCAAUAUUUUGAAUGAUCUUCGACGCAUAGGUGCGCAUUCUGCAGUUGACUUACCUACCAUAGUCUUUUGUGGUAAUCAAUCUGCAGGAAAAAGUUCUUUACUAGAAGCAAUUUCAAGUGUUCAGCUACCCAGAUCUGAUGGAACUUGCACUCGUUGUGUAAUGGAAUUACGCUUAAUUGAAUUAGAAACAGAAUGGUCUUGUCAAAUUUCUUUACGUCAAGAAUAUGAUGAAAUAGGAAAUCGUCUUUCUCAACCUAUUGAAGCUAAAUUUGGAAGUUUGAUUAAAUCUCAUAAGGAAGUUGAGUUAAUGGCUCGUAGAGCACAAAAAGCUUUAUUGAAUCCUUCCAAAAACAGUGAUGAUUAUCUUUAUUGGAAUUUUGGGGCACAUUACGAUGAUGAUGCCAACAAUGAACUUAAAUUUACCAAAAAUGUGGUUUGUUUAGAGAUCAAAGGAAAGAACGUACCAAAUUUAAGUUUAAUUGAUUUACCUGGAAUCAUUUCAGAUCCUGCAGGGCGUCGUACACUUGGAGUUCUAACCAAGCCAGAUACUAUCGAAGCAGAAACACAUGAUAUUUGGUUAAAAAUUUUAAGAGGAGAAUCUCAUAAACUUUCCCUCGGAUACUAUAUUGUUAAAAAUCCAAGCAAGAUACAAUUAAAUAAUCAAAUAACUUUUGAAGAAGCAAGAAAAGAUGAAGAAAAUUUCUUUAAAAGAGAAUAUCCUUGGAAAAAUCUUAACCUAAGUGUUAAAAGGUUGCAAUACAAAUUGUCUGAAUUGUUGAUUCAAGCCAUCAGGCGUAACCUUCCUAAAAUCAAUAAAGAAAUACGUCGAGAAUUAGAAAAUGUACCAGAACAACUUAGUGAAAACUCAAAAAUUGAAAUAUACAGAAUGGUGAAAAAAUGUGUGAAUAUGAUUGAAAAAGAAACAUCAUCUUCUGGAAGCUACAAUCUUUUGCAAAUGAUUAAUACUAAAUUUAGUGAAUUUAAUAAUAAUCUUUGCUUAUCUCGACCAAUUUUCGUUAUUGGUAAAGAAUCAAUUAAAUUUGACUUUUUAGAAGAUAAGCUAUGCAAUCCCCAACCAAUUAAGUUGAAAGAGAUCACAGGGAAACGAGUUAUGGAAAUAAUUGCUAAUUCUCGUGGGAGACUAAUUCCAGGUUUCAUUCCAUACUCAUCAGCAAUAAAAAUUAUUAAAGAUACCCAAAUUAAAUGGAAAUCUUUAUCACUUGGAUAUGUGGAAAUGAAGAUUCGUGCAAACAAAUUGCUAGAUAAUUGUAAAGAAAUCACGCUAAAAUACAUUGAUUUCAUAUCUGAAAUGGAAAUUAACCAACCAUUUACAAUAGAUGAAAAAUCAAUUACUAUUUUGAAAUCAUCUUUUCUCAAAAAACUUUAUGCAACAGGUGAACGGAGCGAACCAACUGAUGCUUUAGAUAUUAUUGCAUCCCUUCUGGCAUAUUUCAAGAUAGUAUUCAGAAGGUAUGCUGACACAAUUGCUAUGACAAUAGUCUAUGCAUUUAUUGAUGAAUUUACGAAGAGAAUUGAAGAAAAGUUAAUGGAAAUCUAUGUUAAUGAAGAAGAACAAUUUGAUAUUGGAGAGUUGGUUCAGGAGGAUCAUAAUGUUAGUUUCCAUAGAGAGGAUUUGCGUACAAGGGAAAAACAUCUGAAAAAUGUUUUGGAUAGUCUCAAGAAAUUUGGAAUAAAAUGA